UUGAUCCCUAGUUCCCUAUAUAGACUGUUGUUGUCUUCUCUUGUAUUUACUGUCUCAGCUCAUUCUCCAUUGUUCUGUCUUUUUCUUAUCUCUCUCGUUUCCACCGCCGUUGUUAAUUUCUAUGUUCCCUUAAUUUAACUCUUUUUCAUUAAUUCGCGCAAGCCUAUGCUACUUAUCAAUGGCUGUGCCCGCAUCCACAACACCUACCACCAACAACGCUUCUACAAAUUCCAAUCAACCCACCAAGCUCAAGCGCCGAAAGUGCAGGGAAAUCGCUGUUUCCUCUUCUUCUGCCAAUUCCUCUUCUGGGUUUUCGGUUUCUUCUCAUCCAACCCUCGAUCGCUCUGUUGUGAUCGUUUCUUCUGAGGAUUCCUGGUGUUUUCCUGCUUCCAAACCCUCUGUAACCCCUCCUGUUCUUCCUCCUCCGCCGCCUCCGCCGCCGUCGCAAUCGCAUCGGGGGGUUACUUCUCCUACACCCACUAACGGGAAUCGAGCAUCGGAUUCGGUGAUCUCCUCGUCUGCUUUCCGGGUUCCGGUAAUGGACUUCUCCGGUGCGGCGUUUAACGGUCAUUCUGGAUCCACCCAUGACUCUUUCCCUUCUGGGUUUUCGAAGUUCAACUCUGCUCUUACCGCCGGUCUUUUGAACCCAAUGUCGCCGCCGCCGUCCACCGAUAAAACCCGAUCGAGUCCGACCCUUUUUGAAAUGAUGGCCAAUGAGCCUGAUAUUCACUCGAGAACUUCUCAGAUCCCUUCUCACAGCUCCUCUGUUUUGGUUCAUAAGAAUCAAAUUCCUGUGGAGGACAAGCAGGGUUUGAUGAUGCAGAGGAUUUCUGAGAUUUUGGGAUCUCGUAGCCCUGGAAAUCAGUUCAAUGACGCCUCUAGCAGUGAUAUUCAGCUCACAUUGAGCUCUAAGGAUGGGAUUAGCGUUUGGAUCAACGUUCAUCGACAAAUUCUCAUAGCUCACAGUCGAUUUUUUGCAUCGAAGCUCUCGGAACGAUGGGCGAAACAACAGCAGUCGACAUCUCCAUACAUUGUGGAGAUAGCUGAUUGUGAUGAUAUUGAAGUGUACAUUCAAACCUUGAAAUUAAUGUAUUGUAGAGAUCUCAGGAAGAGACUGAUGAAAGAAGAUGUUCCCAAGAUUCUUGGAAUUUUAAAGGUUUCGGCUGCGAUCGGGUUUGAUGUCGGCGUGUUAUCAUGUUUGGAGUACUUGGAAGCCGCCCCGUGGGCCGAGGAGGAAGAAGAGAAGGUGGCUUCACUGUUAUCUGAGCUUCAUCUUGAAGGUGUUGCAGCAGGGGAAGUUCUAAAGAGGGUAUCAACUGAAGCUACUGGACUUGAAGAUGACAAUGGCAAUGGCAAUGGCAAUGGCAAUGACAAUGAAGAAUUACUGCUCAAACUUCUACAUGUCGUUCUCGAGGGAAAAGACGAGAAGGCGAGGCGCGAGAUGAAAGGAUUAGUUUCAAAGAUGCUUCGUGAGAGUUCAUCGCCGAACGACCUUCGAAAAGAAUCCUUGUAUGCAGCCUGUGAUGCUUGUCUGCAGCUGCUGUGCCAUCACUUCAUGCGAGCGGUCGGGUCGGACUUUGCCGGUGUCGGGGAGAUUGCUAAGCAGGCUGAUAAUUUGCAUUGGAUUUUAGAUAUCUUGAUUGACAGACAGAUAGCUGAAGAUUUCUUAAGAACAUGGGCAUCUCAGUGUGAAUUGUCAGCUGCUCACUCUAAGGUGCCUGCCGUUCACCGAUUCGAGAUCAGCCGAGUUACUGCUCGGUUACUCGUCGGGAUCGGAAAAGGCCAACUUCUGGCUCCUAAAGAUGUGAGAUAUCAGCUUUUACAGACCUGGUUGGUGCCAUUUUAUGAUGAUUUUGGCUGGAUGAGAAGAGCAUCAAGAGGCUUUGAUCGCCACUUGAUUGAGGAUGGCCUAAGCAAUACAAUACUCACUCUACCUUUAGCUUGGCAACAAGACAUAUUGCUAGCUUGGUUCAAUAGAUUCAUAAAUUCAGGCGAAGAUUGCCCGAAUAUACAACGAGGGUUCGAAGUUUGGUGGAGAAGGGCUUUCUCGAGACGCAAAGGUGAACAGGAACGACCUCGACCAAUCCGAAUCGCCACCCCAUCGGCACAGAAUUCAUGAAGUGCUGCUAUACUAUACUGUUAAAAGUACAGAAAACUUCGUUCUUUCUUCGAUCACUUGAGGCCUCAUUCCUUGGUAUUGGUUGGUUAGGAUCUUAAUUCGUCGUGUUUCGAUAUCUUGUUGACCGUUUAUCGAGCAUCACUGUUCGUAUGAAUCUAUAAGUUAUACCUGAAAAGUCAUUGAGUUAUUGUUGGAAAGCUCUUAUUUAUUUGUAUUGAAGAUCAAGUCAUAUCUAUCUGAGGAUUGUUCUGUUCUGUUUUA